AGAGUGACCGGUCAAAGGAUGAUAACAUGCCGAACUUCAGUGAGAAAAAAACAUCUAUCAAAAGUCUGGAGCUUCUUUCCAGUAACACAAUCACACAAGCAGACACAAGGAGUGUAAGAUCAGACUCACAUGUGUCCAGCUCUGUGUCUGUGAAGAGUGACCAGUCAAAGGGUAGAGUACCAAACUUCAGUGAAGAAACAACACAAACCAAAUGGCUUCAGUAUGAAACAUUAGAUCCAGAUUUACAGUCUCACAGGAACCACAAGAAUUUUACAGACAGUCUCCUGCAGAUCUUCCAGGAUCUUGAGAGCAAAAUAAUAACAUUUCUGAAGAAAGAACUGGAAAAGUUUAAGAAAAUAUUACAAAAAGAGGACAUGGAAUACUUUGUGAAGGACUUUAAUGAGAACAGAUGCAGUAUGAAAGAAGCAGCUCUUGAUCUCACGCUCUACUUCCUGAGAGAGAUGAAGCAAGAUGAAGCUGCUGAUGCACUAGAAGAUGAGCUGUUCAUCAUUCAUCAGCUAAAGUGUAGCCUAAAGAAGAAGUAUCAAUGUGUGUUUGAAGGAAUUGCAAAGCAAGGUGACUCUACACUUCUGAAGAACAUCUACACAGAUCUCUAUAUCACUCAGGGUUGUAGUGAACAGGUCAAUACUGAACAUGAGGUGAGACAGAUUGAAGUUGCUUCCAGACGUCAUGAAUCACAGGAGAUACAGGUUGAGUGCAAACAUUUGUUUGAAGCACCUGAACAAGACAAGCAGAUCAGAACUGUACUGACAAAAGGAGUUGCUGGCAUCGGAAAAUCAGUCUCUGUGCAGAAGUUUGUUCUGGAUUGGGCCGAAGGAAAAGAAAAUCAAGAUAUCAGCUUCAUAUUUCCUCUUCCAUUUAGAGAGAUGAACUUAAAGGAGCAAGAUAAACUAAGUUUGAUGGACCUUAUAACUCAGUUUUUCCCAGAGACAGAAGGACUGAACCUUAUAAGAAGAAAUCAAUUCAAAGUCUUGUUCAUUCUUGAUGGAUUGGAUGAAUGUCGUCUUCCUGUAGACUUUAAGGAUAAUGAGACGUGGUCUGAUGUUUCAUCACCUGUCUCUCUGGAUGUUCUCCUGACGAACCUCAUCAAGGGAAAUCUGCUUCCUUCUGCUCUCAUCUGGAUCACCAGCAGACCAGCAGCUGCCAGUAAGAUUCCUCCUGACUGUAUCGACCGGCUGGCAGAGAUACGAGGAUUCAAUGAUGCACAAAAGGAGGAGUACUUCAGAAAAAGAUUCACGGAUGAGAAUCAGGCCAAAGAAAUCAUUGAUCAUGUUAAACAAUCAAAGAGUCUCUUUAUCAUGUGCCACAUCCCAGUCUUCUGCUGGAUUUCAGCCACUGUUCUCCAGAACAUUUUAGAGGAGAAAAGAAAUAAUGUUAAGUCAAAUACUGAAGACACUCCUAAGACUCUGACACAAAUGUACACACACUUCCUCAGAUUUCAGAUCCAGCAGAGCAGACGAAAGUAUGAUGGAGAACAUACACCAGAUGUUUCCUGGGAUAAAGAUGCCAUCUUUUCACUGGGGAAACUGGCAUUUGAUCAGCUGGAAAGAAACAAUGUGAUCUUCUAUGACACAGAUCUGGAAGCCUGUGGUAUUGACGUCUAUAAGGCAUCAGUGUACUCAGGCAUGUGUACCCAGAUCUUUAAGGAGCAAACAGGGAUCACUCUUGGUACCAUGUACUGCUUCGUUCACUUGAGCAUUCAAGAGUUUAUUGCAGCCCUUUAUGCACAUCUGUUUCUAGACAUCAACAAGAAAUAUAUGUUUGAUCAAGACUCUACAGAACAGGAAAACAAAAGUGAAACCAUGAUUGAUUUGCUCAAGACUGCAGUGGACAUGUCACUAGAGAGUGAUAAUGGACACCUGGAUCUUUUUCUUCGCUUCCUCCUUGGUUUGUCACUCCAGUCCAAUCAGAGACUCUUACAGGGUCUGUUGACACAUGAAGAUGACAAUGACAAGAGCAAGAAGGAAAUUGUUCAGUACAUCAAGCAGAAAUUAGAGUCGAAUCUGUCUCCAGAGAGAUCCAUCCAUCUGUUCUACUGUCUGAAUGAACUGAACGACCAAACUCUGGUGAAAGACAUUCAGACCCACCUUAGCAAAGGAAGUCUCUCAUCUGCUGAUCUUUCACCUGGCCAGUGGUCUGCUUUGGUCUUUGUGUUGUUGACAUCAGAGGAGGAGCUGGAGGAGUUUGAGCUUCAGAAAUUCAAGAAAUCAGACGAGUGUCUCAUUAGAUUAUCAGCAGUCAUCAAAACCUGCAAAAGAGCUCUGUAAGUUAUUUAAUAUAUCUUGUCAUGUUUUGUUCUAAUCUUAAAAUUACAUGAAUCUACAUUGAUACAUAGCAGGCUUGGACACCACGAUUUAUAGUGAUAAUUAACCAUACACCAGUUAUAAGUAGGGGUAGGCCUCACGAUACGAUAUUAUCACGAUACUUGUGUCAAUAUAUUGAGAUAUUCUGAGAUUCUGAGGUCUCUUCCGGGUCUAUUGUGAGCGCGACUGCUGU